CUUGGGUGAUGGUCCUUUCUGAUUGCAGGAUCUUUUAACAAGCACCAAACAUACGAGUCAUGCUGAACUUGUCGAUAAAAGAAGUUUCUCUUGCUCUGAGAGAGGGGAGGAUAUCAGCCACAGAGCUCUGCCAAAAAUGCCUCAAUCACAUCAAGAAAACAGUUUAUCUCAAUGCAUACAUUACUGUCACAGAGGAACUUGCCAUGAAACAGGCCCAAGCAGCAGAGAGCAGGCUCCGAAGAGGUAAACCCCGUGGUCCACUGGACGGUAUUCCCUUUUCUGUCAAAGAUAACUUCUGCACAGAAAAUAUCGAGACCACAUGUGCUUCACAGAUGCUAAAAGGCUAUAUUCCCCCAUUCAAUGCCACAGUAGUACAGAAACUCUUGGAUCAAGGUGCUGUGCUUUUAGGGAAGACAAAUUUAGACGAGUUUGCAAUGGGCUCGGGCAGUACAGAUGGUGUGUUUGGACCAGUACGCAACCCUUGGAGCUACUCCAGCCAGUACAGGGAGCAGAGUGACCAGGAUCCAGAAUCUGACUGGGUUAUCACAGGUGGAAGUUCUGGAGGGAGUGCUGCUGCUGUGGCUUCUCAGAGUAGUUUCUUUGCUCUAGGAUCUGACACAGGUGGUUCAACACGUAACCCUGGCUCUCUGUGUGGUGUGGUGGCUCUGAAGCCCAGCUAUGGCCUGCUGUCACGACAUGGCCUCAUCCCUCUGGUGAAUUCCAUGGACGUGCCUGGAAUCUUCACGAGAAGUGUCUAUGAUGCAGCCACAGUCCUGGGGAUAUUGCAAGGUUGUGAUGAGAGAGAUUCAACCACAGUCCCCACAUCAAACCCAGUGCCCAACCUUCCUGAGGACAUUGACCUAAGAAAGAUUCGCGUGGGCAUACCAAAAGAGUAUCAUGCACCGGGGCUUUCUCAGGAGACUCUGUCUCAGUGGGGUCGCGUGGCAGACCUGUUUGAAAAGGCGGGGGCACAGGUGCAGGAAGUCUCCCUCCCCCACACCCAGCACUCUAUCGUCUGUUACCACGUCCUGUGCUGCUGUGAGGUGGCCUCAAACAUGGCACGCUUUGAUGGCUUAGAAUAUGGUCACCGCAGCGGGGUGGACAGUUCCACUGAGGCCAUGUAUGCCACGACACGACAUGAGGGCUUCAACGAUGUUGUACGAAGGAGAAUUCUUUCUGGGAACUACUUCCUCUUGAAACAGAACUACCAGCGCUACUUUGUCAAGGCACAGCAGGUCAGGCGACUCAUCUCACAGGACUUUGCUCAGGUUUUCCGCUCGGGUGUCGACCUGUUGCUCACACCCACAACGCUUGGAGAUGCUGCACGUUACUGCGAUUUCAUCCAGGAAGACAAUCGUACGCGCAGUGCUCAAGAAGACAUCUUCACCCAGUCUGUCAACAUGGCAGGUCUCCCAGCUGUUUCCAUGCCAACAGCAUUGUCCCGUAGGGGUCUGCCAAUUGGUCUCCAGUUGAUCGGUAAGACCUUUCAAGACUGGAACUUGCUGACUGUGGCCCAUUGGAUGGAACAGAGACUGAACUUCCCUCCAGCUCGUUUCCUCAGAGAUGCAAGUGAGGUUGAUGUACUGGGUCAUCAAAGGAAGCAAACAACAGGGCUAUGA